AUGUCUUACAACGAGUCCUCUAGAAUGGGUCGCGAGCGGGAGUUGAAGAUGCGAAUGGCCCAGGAGGCCAAGGCCGCCAUCGAGUUCGAAGAAGACCCCCAUCGCGCCGCGUUGGAGGAUAACCCAACGGAGGCACGUGUCAGUAUCAAGACAUGGAUCGCAAUUUUUUCUAUGGCUCUUUCGUUCGGGCCGUCGGUCGGACUCGCGUUCCUCGCAGUCGCGUCCAUCGUCGUCCAAAUCACAAAUGAGCUGGGCGGACAGGAAUCACUAGCCUGGGUCGUCGGUUCAUGGUCUCUCUCGACGGCAUGCUCCUUCUCCCUCGCGGGACCGCUCAGCGACAUCUUCGGCCGGCGCAUCUUGGUCCUCGGCGGCCAGGCCACCGUGGCCAUCGGCUGCAUCGUCGCAACGACGGCGAAGGACAUCUCCAUGCUCAUCGCGGCCGAAACUCUCAUCGGCCUAGGCACCGGCUUCGUCUUCGUCUCGUACGCCGGCGUUCCCGAGAUGCUUCCAAACAAGUGGCGAUCCCUUGGCCUGGGCAUAUUAGAGUCUGGCAUCGCGGUUCCCUGGGGCAUCCUCUCCGUCCUCCUCGGCAAUGCUCUGUUCAAGUAUGCCUCCUGGCGUUGGAUCUUCAACCUGGGCAUCAUCAUCGAGGUCAUCGGCUUCAUCGGCACGGCGUUCUCAUACCACCCGACCGCACGGCCUCGCGGCGACUAUGACAAGUCUCGUUUGCAACAGCUUCGGGAUGUCGAUUGGGUUGGCCUGGUCCUCUUCACUGCCGGCUUGGCGACGGCCCUCAUCGGCCUCACGUGGGGUGGCACGCCGGCGUACCCAUGGGACAGCGCCGGCGCUAUCGCCCCCAUCGUUGUCGGUUUCAUCGUCUUGGCUUGCGGUUUUGUCUACGACUUCAAGAUUGCUGCGCACCCAAUGUUCCCCUUGAAGCUGUUCGUCAUGUUCCGCCGGUACUCCGUCUUGCUGGUCGUUCUCUUCGUCUCGGGGAUGAAUUUCCACGCCAUGUCCGCGCUGCUGCCGCAGGGCACUCUGUACAUGUUCACCACAGACGGCAUCAAGAUCGGGGUACUCUCACUCCCGAACACCUUGAUGAUCGGCUUCACCGGUGUGCUCGCGCCUCUGAUCGCUCACAAGGUUGGAUAUAUCAAGUGGCAGCUCGUCAUCGGCAUGGCUUUGCAGGCUAUCUUCAUCGGUGCCAGCGCGGGAACAGUCUACCCCAACGAGAAGCUUGCCUACGCAUUCGUCCCGGCCAUCGGCGUGCCUAUGUUUGUGUGGGUGACGAUCCUAUCCUAUGCCAUCGCCAGUCUACACGUCCCGCACUCGAACCUGGGCGUUGCGAUGGGUCUGUUGGGUACGUUCAGAUCGGGCGGUGGUGCCGUCGGCAACGCCAUCUUCAACACCAUCUUCCAAGAGAAGUUCCGGGAGUUCGCGGGCGAGGAAGUGGCCGCCGCUGCCAUUGGCAACGGCCUCAACCCCUCAGACCUCGGGCUCAUCAUCCCGGCCGCGAUCGAAUACAACCUGGGCAACCCCCGAGCGUUGGUCAACGUCCCGGGCAUCACUCCGGAGAUCCAGACUGCGCUGCGGGUCGCUGUUCGCGCUGCUGCCGGACACGCCUUCAAGAUCGUGUUCUAUGUGACCAUUCCUUUCAGUGUGUUUGCGUUGAUUUGCUCGCUGUUUGUUGAGGACCCAUCGGUUUACAUGACCAACCACAUUCAAUCUGCCAUGGGCCAAGACCAGAUGACCCAGAGACGCGGCAAGAGAAUGCCAAGCCCGGAGGAUGCCCAGGGAAUCGAGUUUGAGAAUGUGAGGACAAUCCAUGUAGAGGAGUCGAUUGGAAAAAGUUGA